UAUCCAUAAAUACCCCGUCCCUGCAAUUCCUUCCUUCCCUUUCUCCUUCCUUCUUCCCCCUGCCUCUCUCUCUCCCUCUCUCUUCUCAGCCCCACUUUUUCUUCUCUGCUAGUUCUAUUUCCGGGAAAAUGCUGGAUUUCCAAUUCCCAGUUCUCGAUGAAACCGAAAUUCAGGAACUUCUGUCUGUUUUCGAAACCGACCACCAGGUCGCUUCGCAGUCCGGUUCCGAGGAUACCAACCCACCGGUUUGUUCGACUGAUGAGCGGAAGCGAAAACGAAUGAUAUCGAACAGGGAGUCAGCUCGGCGGUCUCGUUGGAGAAAGAAGAAGCAUUUAGAAAACCUUUCGAACGAGGUGAACCGGUUGCUUGUCCAGAACCGAGAGUACAAGCACCGGUUGGGCUCAGUUACGCAUCAGUGCCACCUAGUAGGGAGAGAUAACGAGCGGCUGACAUACGAAUAUUUGGCUCUCAGGACCAAACUUUACGACUUAUAUCGGAUUUUGGUCACCAUGCAGCUCCAAUAAUUUACGUUAAACCUGAACAAAAUUAUUGGGCAUUAAUUAAUGUGGAAACUAGAGGACUAUCUCUCUCUCACUGAUCCCUUGAGAUCUCUGAAGUUUAGUAGUAUUAUUUAGCUCAACAGUGAUCUCUGUAAAUAUAUAAAGAAAGGUGAAUCAGUGAAACCAGUGUCUUGUUUAUCCAUUUCUAUAUUGGAUAAUCAUGGAGGGAAUCUGAAUAUUAGGAGUAGUAAAGCAUCUUAAAACUCCAUCCUUUUGUAGCGAUGUGGCUAAGUGUCUUGAUAUCAUGUAUGGACCCACGUGCAAAUCAAUGAGUUUUAGUUCAAAAGUUUGAAACAUUAUGAAAAGCGCAAA